GGGGCGGCUCAGCGGAGUGCAGGUGGAGGCUGCAGAUCCACGUCCCCUCCGCCCAGAUCUCCGAUCUGCUCCCUGCCGUACAGCUGGCCACCAGCGCCACCCGCCCCGGAACCGACUACGGAGCAGCCAAGGCGCGUUUCCUGGAGGCGAUACAGUCCGGCGCCGCCUCCGCCAUCAGCCCUCAGGACGUGCGGCUUCAAGUCGACCUCUUCAGCAGCCUGCCCCCGGGGGACCUGGCUGCCGCAGCCGCUGCCAACAACGCCGUCAUGCGGGGACCUGCACUGGGAGGGGCAAACAGCAGCAGCAGCAGCAAGAGGAGGAGGGGGGCAGCAACAGCCCUGUACGAUAUCACCUCCGCCUCUUCCUCAGGCAUCAGCAGCAGCAAGGGUACCCUGCGUGGCUUCGGAGCCAAGCGUGCUGCUGCGGAUUCCGCCACCUCCCUCUUCCCGGCUGCUGCCCUCUCGACUGUCGUACCACCACCGCAUGCAGAUUCGGCUGUAGUAGCAGGAGCAGGAGGGGCAGCAGGAGGAGGGGGCAGUGGCAGUGCGAUGAUUCCCGCGUUGUCAGAACUCACGGGGAACUGGUCGGG